AUGCGCGGCUAUCAGUUCCGACGCAAUGCGGCAAUCAUUUCCGGGGGCCGGAGCGUGGUGGCGACGUACACCACCAGAGCCCAGCUGGUGGCAAACGGGCUGGACCAUCAACGACGGUCCCGCUCCGUGACUUGGAGACCAGGCGAUGUACUUCUGGAUGAACUGGACUUGGAUUUUGCCAAUAGCGACCCCCUGGAAUGGGUGCACACCGUGGCGAUCGUCGUAACGCAUCCGUAUGAGGAGUUGCUUGCCCGGCUCGCCGCAGCGAAGGCGAUGUUCGAUGCGCUUCCCCCCUUUUCCUUUCUCUGUUCAUUGGGAACCUAUGAUAUGGGAAUUUUCCCAGGUGUGCUCGAUCGGCACGGCCCAGCCCUCACGGAGCUGCAGCUUCACCAGCAGGAGCCCCGUUACUGGUCUGUGGAGCGUCGAGUACUAUCACAAGAAGGCCACAUUGCUCCGACGAUUCCUGCGGAGGUGAUUGCCACCAUGGCGACUCAGUGUCCUAUCCUGCACCGACGCCGAUCCCGCCGCGCACACUCAUCGCAUUGGAGUAGGAAGAUUUCCUCGACAAUGAUGGAACUCCUCUCGAUUUUUAUGCCCGGUGGCUUGCCCUCGACUGCGCCAUGA